GCGCUACAUAGAUUUUAGCUCUUCAUACACACUAUUUCUCAUCUCUUUCGCACAGCCGUCAGCUGUUUGUUGUUUUUAGCUGCUGGUUUGAUUCGGAACGCCGAGAAGCUGAAAGAUGCCGGAACCACGCAGUCCAAUGGCCAGUUUCGCACAAUCCGUGCAGAAUGCAAUUGAUGGUCCCAUAACUUGGUUCCGUGAAUCGAUUGUGGAGCCAAAUCAACAAAAAUACAAUUGGUAUCAUCAGCGCUUCCGUCGCGUGCCCACCAUCGAUCAGUGCUAUACGGACGACGCCGUCUGCCGCUUCGAGGCCGAUCAGCAAUUCCGCCGGGAUCGCAUGGUGGACAACGAAGUCGUGAACAUUUUGCGUCAACGCUUCGAGGAUUGCAUGUUGUACGAGGCUCCGGAUCAUAUGGUCAAGUGUCGGCCACUGCUCGACACAUACGAAAAGGCAACCGAGAACUGGUUCAUCAAGUAUGGAGAUUUGGGUGGCUAUGCCAAUGCCAAGACAGCGUACAUGAAGCAGAAGCAUCGUCUGAUCUGGGAGCGUCGUCAUGGUCCCGUUGGCAGCGGCAUGAAGGGGAGGAAAAUGUUGCACACUAAAAUCCGCUACAAUUUCUGUUUAAACCCAAUUUGUUCAGUCUGUGACGAGGAUUUACAAAAUAUACACAAACAAUAGAAAAAUGCAG